AUUAGAGAGCUAUACAGAAUUAUCAGUACGGGAACCCGCUUUACAAAUACGCUUGGCUGAAGCCUAACCGAUGGAGACGGUGGUGACUCCGUCCUUUGGUUCUUUUCGCAAGGAUUCGCUAGGAAUGGCGACAUUAUUCAGAAUAUGACUCGCACGCACCGGAAGGGAUGUACAAAAAGCAUAAGUACUUCGCACAGAUUCGCCACUCGCCCGUUUUCUUGGUUUAUCUAAUAAUUCAUACUUGUACUCUCAUAACUCUUCGCUAACACAGACGAAUGGCUUUUGCCGAACUCAUAUCCACAAUGCUUACACGUACACCUCAACCACCUCCUUCUACCAACACCCACGCUCGUGCUACCCAGCCACGCUCUUCCAAAAUUUUCAACACUCCCGACUCGGACAUUGUCCCCUCCAUUCUCUACGUCGACUCUUCUUCCACUUCAAGCUCCCAUCCCACACGGGGCCGAACAUAUUCGAGGACGUAUGAGUGGUAUGAAGCUUACCAAGCUGAGCGGGAAAAGAGGCGAGGAAGUAAGGGUUCGACCAAGUCUACUUCAAGUGGUGGGAGCGCAAGGGGCAGAAGGAGUGACGAAUUGGAAGUUGUCGAUCCGCAGACUAUCAGCUUGCAUCAUACAUUACCAAGUGUAGAGGAUGAAAUCAAGAUUUCUUCCGCCCCGAUCUUGUAUCUUCCUCCUCUCUUAUCUCCUUUACCGGAACAUGGGCACGAGCAUGACCACAACCACGACAAUCAUCACGAUUACGAGCAUUCACAAGUAGAAGUCAGAGAGGUUAUCGGACUUGACGACUCUCGUCAAACCCUUUCCGAAUCUAACGAGCAAGUCGAUCCUCUUCGAGAUUUUACCACUCGGCUGCCUCACAUUGAUCCGGCGAGCCUUGCCCUUCACCAAACGUUACAUCACUUCAAGCCGUUGAGUAAUGCCUAUGCCUCCUUGCCUUAUGACAAAGCCUUCAACUGGUCAUCCUUAAACCUACCCAAGUCUACUGAAAGAGAAUGGUACUGCGUAGUUUUCCGCUCUCGUCGCAAACCCGAAUCUGCCAACUUGUCCCUUUACAAAGCCGACCGCGAAGCGCACGAGGAGGCAGUAAAGAACGGAGGUUUGAUCAUGUAUUGGUAUGGUGUUCCUGAUGAGACCGGGUUGAACUUGGCUACUUGCAUUUGGCAGUCUCGACGACAUGCGAUAAAAGCUAUCUCCGGACCAAAACAUAUCUCAGCUAUGAAGCAAACCAAGGGCGCGUACGAGACAUAUAGUCUGGAGCGAUGGGUGUUGAGCACGGAGGUCGGGAACCGAGAGGUCAAGUUGCGCAAGUGGGAGGGUGGUGAAGUCGGAUGGUAGUCAUUCUCCUUGAGCGAUGGUGAUGUUGCAGAGGAGUAGUAAAGAACAGAGGAUUAAAUGUUGUAUAGUCAUAUAUGUAGAUUAAAAUAAAA